GCUUUGGUUCUCGCCUUGUCACGUAUAGCCCUAGGCUCUUGUUAAGAUGGCCAGUCACUUGGCUACGCUGCAUCGGACGCUUGGGCUUGAUGUAAUUAGACCCCGGCUUCCUGUGCUUCCUCCCCACUGUGACGGAGUACCAAGUACGUCGCGCCUCCUGGCUACCCGAAGCACUCGACAACCAUCAAAACCACUUCUCUCGGGCCAACUCUUCUUUUCUUUUUCCUCCGCGCCCCCCUCGACUACGGCUACUACGUACAUAGCUCCAUCUUUAGCUCUUGCCCUCUCCGUGUCUCGACUCCGGCAGACCUGGAAGCCAAGCGAAGCACUCCCCGACGUGGGUCCCGGCCUUGUCCUGCGCCUGAGACUCCUCCUAGGCUCCUCCUACUGCGUACUACCGUACUACUACACUACUGCUGCUGCUACUACUACAACACCCUGCCGACGUUUCUUCUGCGGAACAGACUACCUCAACUCUCUCUCAGCUUCUUCAACCCGACACGUUCCCCAUCCCACUCUGCUCCGGCCUGGUCCCCGUCGCCAGCAAGCUGCGAGAAACCAGCCUCACCCUGGCCUUUUUACCUUGCCCCCCCUUUGGCGCCCUCGUGUCUGCUCUGCCUCAACCAGCUCGUCUCAUCUCCGCCCAUUGGUUGACAGUGCCCUGGAAAUCACCAAUCACACAUAGGUGACUGCCUUCAGCAUCACGACGAGCCACGUUCAUCAUCUAAACUACCUGCUACUGCCGCCUCCCGAGACAAUUCCCCUUUCUUCUCUUCUCUCUCUCUUCGAGGUACCUGCCUGAGCCGACAUCAUCGACCUGAACCAGCACCCCUCCAUCACAGGCACGGUUUCCGCAUCCAGCAGGCACACCAAAGCCACCAACCUUCUUCGACUGUUCUUACUGUUUCAAGUUUGAGCCUCCUGGUCGAUCUCAGACCACACUCGACCACCGCCGAGGUAUCCCGCACUCUUUCCCCUUAUCGGCCACUAUUCCCCCGGCGUCGCCUAGAAAGAAGUCACGCCUCAAAGUGCUCCUGUUGUGCCUUGAUACACGGCGUUGUUCGACGACGCAG